AUGGUGGGACCGGAGCAUGUCAUGGGAUUGGCCAUUGGCAACGAAUUGGAGUUGCUUCACAACCAUGCAGACGCGGCGUGUGUCGCCGAACUCUUCAGCGGUGGCCGGCUCUGGAAGACCUUCACGGAGCACAUCAGCGAGUUCGAUCGAAUGGGUUUUUCUGCGGUUCCGGUAACCUCAGUGUUCACAGCAAGCAUCCUUACAGAUUCUGUCCGUGUACCCUUCAUGGAAGAUCCCAAGACCGGCUUGGUGAAUAGCUUUCUGCUGGACGCAAUCCGCAAGUAUGGCAAGCGAUAUGCCUUUUCCUUCAAUGUCUAUCCUUAUUUCGACCCUGGCAUCCACCUCAAUCCUGGCACCACGGACAAGUGCAGCUUAGAUCUACCUCGAGUGAUUUGUUGGGACAAACCCAACUGCCUUGGGCCCAACAUCAUGGCCGCUGCACGGCGGCAGAUGAUCCGGCUCACCGGGCGGCGGGAUGAUUUGUUUUGGAUCGGAGAAAUUGGUUGGUCUUCUCCAAAGGCUGAAGCACUCGGCACUGCCAUGGCAGACUGCGAAGAGUUCUCCUCACUUGAAACCUUUCAGACUUUUUAUAAUGGCUAUUUGCAGUGGAAUCUUCAAGUCCCUGGGGGACUGCCUGGUCCUGACCAUGCUUUCUUCUUCACAUUGCGUGAUGCGUUGAACUUUGGCCAGCAGGAGCAUUUUGGUCUGCUGGUUAGUUGCGAAUCGCUCGGUUGCAAGAUCGCCAAGCCCAGCUUCCGUGCGGAGAUUUGUGCGUUGCCAAAACCACCUUCAGGGAUGACCUGGCAGGGCUGGGCUUUUGUAGCGUUGGGCAUCUUUUUGGCGAUGGUCUUGGGCUUCACUUGUCUCUAUGUGCGAUCGCCGAAAGUCAAGAGAUUAGUCGAUUCGUCGACCAAGCGAAAGAAGGCGCGACGACUCGCUGAGGUCGAAAUGGAAGGCUCUUCCAGUUCGGAGUGA